AUGUCCCGCAUCUUCCGCCGCGCCCUCUCCUCCCUCCCGGGGCCGUCCUCCGCCCCCGCCCCCUUCCAGUCAGUCGCCAACACCCUCCCCCUCGCAGUCCGCCGCCGCCGCCUCGAACAGCCCCCCUCCAAAUUCGCCUCCCCCUCCCCCCUGUCCGAUGCUGCUCUCCUCGACCCCGCCUCUGGCAAAAAGUUUCCCCUGCCGCUCGAAAAGGACUACAGGUCUCUUCUGAAGCGCUCAGAAUUCGACUCGUCGAGGACAGAUGCCGAGCUGCGAGCUGCUUAUUUGUCGGCUACCAGCGAGUGGAGAUCUCGUGUCCGUGGUUAUGCCCCUAAAGGCAAGAAUAGCAAGCAUGCUUUCUUGCUGAGAAAGAUGGGUGGCAGAUCUCUGUCUGAGGAGCGCGUCCAGGCUAUCGCUGGCCCGGAAGGAGAAGAAGCCGUGGCACAGGAAGAAGAAUUGAGCGACAUUGUCGGUCAAAGAAUCUACCUCCCCAAUAUCGUCAUCCGCCUUGUCCGCAACCACACUCUCCCAGGCGAAGCCUACGACCCGUUCGUCGCCACUUUCCGGAUCCCUCGAGGCAUGACAAAGACCGAUCUCCGUUCGUACCUGCACGCCGUCUACGGCCUCGAGGUGACGUUCAUCCGUACGGACAAUUACCUCGGACAAGUGGGCAGAGCGAGGACGGCAGAGGUGGUGAGGAAGGGUGGUGGUACAGAGACGUACAAGAGGGCGGUGGUCGGGCUGAAGGAGCCUUUCCACUACCCCGAUGAUGUCGAAGAGUACCACGCCAAGGAGCAAGAGUAUGGCAGCGGUGCAGAGGCGGCCAGAUUGAGGAAAGAGUACUUGCAGACCAACUACAGUCUCAACGACAUGGAGAGCUGGAGGGACAAGGCGUUGUUCAAGUUUUACAAGGGUUCUAGGUGGAGGUCGCAAACGCAUGCCAACGCUGGCGUUGCUGUAAAGGAGAUUAUGAAGAGGCGCAAGGAAAGAGAGGGCCUGAUUGAACAGACGAUCAAGGAUCGUUACGCCGUCGCCCACGACAUUGAAUCCCCGGCCGCCACAGCCGAGACCCAAAGCGCAUAG